AUGAUGAAUGAAUCCGCCAAGCGUUCUGUUCAGGAGCCGCGGACACUUUCGUGGAACGGGGGUGCGUAUACUAACAGCACUGUUGCUGUAGCAACAGUGCUAGAUUCCGAUGGGGAAGGGCCCGUCAGGGGAAACAUCAUGUCCAUAGGACAUGAUGUUUCUGGGGAUAAUAAAGGUGGAGAUUUUGUCGAUGAGAGUGACGAAGAAGGGGAUUCGGUAUUGGAAGUGAUUGUAGACGAGCCGGUGCCUAAAGAAGUACCGAAGGUGAUGUCUGUAGAAAGGCCUGGGGAAAGAAAAAUUGCAUCUCCGAAACCAGUGUCAUCGUCAACGGAAACUCUAAUAUCGCUUCUCCGGCGACAAGCAGCGUUGCUUGAGGAGAAAUGCGUUCUCCUCGAGUCCACGUCGCUGUCCCAGGACAACAAGCGCACGCGCAUUACUACCAGCAUCGAUCCUGCUCUUCGUGAUAUCAAACGGCAGUUGACUAGGAUAGAGUCGGGGACGGGAACGGGAACUGGGGCGGAAGCCCCAGCGCCAGUGCCAGCGCCUGUCCAGAGGCAGAAUCAAGGCCAAAUACAGGGCCCCCACCCUAGCCCAAGCAUCCCUCCUCAGUCCUCCCCUCACUCUUCCCCACAGAUCAAGGUUCCCUCCAGAACACUGCGACGCAGAGACCCAGACAAAAACUACUACAUCCCUACAAUGUCGCAGCUGGACGAAAACCCACACCUGUGGAGAGAUCCCGCCCAGGGCCUCCCACAAGGUCGCCCCCAAGGUCGCCCCCACGGCAUCCCCGAAUACCCCGACAGCGACGUGUCCCUCGAGGCCGAAUCUGAAGACUCCCAUUUCCUCACCACACAAGAAGAAGACCGUCUCGAUGAAAUUCACGAAUCAGACAAAGAGUUUGUCGUGGACGGAGACUACCUCGACGAUGACCAGGACGUCUCCUAUCACGAAGAAGAAACAGAAACUCAAACACAAACACAAACACAAACUGGGACCGUGGCAAAUCUUGAUGAACACACAGAAUACCCUACAAACCAAAUCAUCAUCAACUCUUCGCCUGGUAACUCCCCAGUAAAAUCGCCAUCACAACCUCCACUUCAACAACAAACCCAAACACAAACCCAAAUUCUGGCCCCACCUAUAGAAUUGCAUCCGCCACCUAGCCCUAGUCCAGAGUUCCAUCAAACUCCUCAGAUACGUUUGAUUGACGAUGAUGAAAUUGAGUUCUUAGAAGACCCCAUUUCAGAAUCUCUACCGAUUGACCAUACCAUAGCAACGGCCCAAGACGAGCUAGAGCCCCUUUCAGACACAGAUCUCGAAGAGUUCGAUGCAGAAAGAGAGGACCAAACCCAGUUUGACGAAAUCAAAGAACUGGACGACGACUUGAAAAUUAUAUCAGAGUCCCGACUCGACGAAGAAGCCAUUCCGCUUUCGUUCACUGUGAAAAAGGAACCCCAUGCAUUUGAUUCACAGUUGCAACUCCAUAACCAGCCAAAACCAACUUCUGUUGCUGCUGCUGCCAUGCCAGUGACGGAAGUUAUAGAGGACGAUGACUUUUCAAUGGCUGACUUGGAACCAUAUAUGAGCAGCCAAAAGGAAAGAGAAAGAGAACGGGAAAGAGAGAGGGAAAGAGAAGGCUCGACCAGAGCCUCAUCGUUGCAACCGCAGUAUGCGUGGACCUCGGAGAUGUACCACAAACUGCGACGCGUGUUCGGUCUCGACUCGUUCAGACCUAACCAGCUGGAAGCCGUUAAUGCCACCCUCGAAGGAAGGGACGUGUUUGUUCUUAUGCCAACAGGUGGUGGUAAGUCUCUUUGUUACCAACUUCCAGCAAUUGUGAAAUCGGGGAAAACGUUCGGUACAACAAUAGUUGUCUCGCCGCUAAUCUCGUUAAUGCAAGACCAAGUAGAACAUCUUUUGGCGAAAAACAUAAAGGCUAGCAUGUUCAGCUCUAAAGGUACCGCAGAACAAAGAAGAAUGACGUUCAACCUUUUCAUCAAUGGUAUGUUGGAACUAGUGUACAUAUCUCCUGAAAUGAUAAAGGCAUCGGUCCAGUGCAAAAAGGCUAUAUCGAAAUUGUACCAGGACCGAAAGUUGGCUCGAAUUGUCGUUGACGAAGCGCACUGUGUUUCCAACUGGGGUCACGAUUUCAGACCAGACUAUAAAGAAUUGAGUUUCUUUAAACAAGAGUAUCCAGAUAUACCCAUGAUAGCCUUGACUGCCACCGCAAGUGAGCAGGUGCGGAUGGAUAUCAUCCACAACCUUCAAUUGAACAACCCGGUGUUCCUGAAACAAAGUUUCAACAGAACAAACCUUUUCUAUCAAGUGCUGAAAAAGGAGAAGAACUCCAUCUUCCACAUGUGUGAUAUGAUAAAGACCAAAUUUAAAAACCAAACCGGUAUCAUAUACUGCCAUUCGAAAAACUCAUGCGAGCAAACCAGUGCUCUAAUGCAGAAGAAUGGUGUAAAAUGUGCAUUUUAUCAUGCAGGUAUGGAUCCUGAUGAACGUCUGCAAGUGCAACAAGAUUGGCAAGCUGAUAGAGUUCAAGUAAUUUGCGCUACUGUUGCGUUCGGUAUGGGUAUUGAUAAGCCGGACGUUCGUUUUGUGUUCCACUUUACAGUUCCUAGAACCUUGGAAGGGUACUACCAAGAGACUGGUCGUGCAGGAAGAGACGGUAAUCAAUCUCAGUGCAUCAUGUACUAUUCUUUCCGUGACGUUAGAACAAUUCAAACUAUGAUCCAAAAGGAUAAGAAUCUGGAUAUGGUUAAUAAAGAAAAGCAUUUGGAUAAGUUGCAGCAGGUGAUGCAAUAUUGCGAUAAUAGAACAGAUUGUAGAAGGCAACUAGUUCUCUCGUAUUUCAACGAGCGCUUUGAUCCGAAGGACUGUGAGAAAAAUUGUGAUAAUUGUAGAAAUGCUUCGAAUGUCGUUUAUCAGACAAGAGACGUCACAGAGGAAGCAAAGGAUAUUGCAAAUUUGGUAAAAUCAAUACAGGACUCUAAAGUCACUCUCAUCCAUUGCCAGGAUGUUUAUAAAGGUUCCAAAUAUCAAAAGAUUGUUCAAUUGGGACACCAUCAAUUACCAUACCACGGAAAGGGUAAAGAUUGGAAAAAAGCAGAUAUAGAAAGAAUAUUCUUCAAGUUAGUUACGGAAAGAAUACUAAACGAAUAUUCGGUGAGUACGGGUAGAGGCUUCUUCUCCACUUAUGUAAAAGUUGGACCACGAGCUAAGGAUUUGUUCAAGGACAGAAUGAGGGUUGAAAUUCGGUUUGUUGCCAAUGAGGAACAGAACUCGAAUACGAACGGCAACACGAUAUCCAAAAAUGGAGAUAGAACUUCUAAGGAAAAGGACAAUCGUAUAGUAACAUCGAGACCAUUUACUGAAAGAUCCAGCUCUGGCACUGUGUUAUCCACGCCGACAGUUUCGAGAUCAUUAACUGUUAACAAUAACAACAACAACAUAGACAUUCAAACAGGAAACUCCAGAGAGUUUAUUCAAAAGUUCAGACACGAUGAAAGUGCUGUAAACACUUACUCUACUCCUGUACAACUUAUCAAGGGGUCAACAUACGUUUCCUCUCAAGAGCAAGCACACAUCAAUAAAUCUUAUAACGUUUUAAAGGACAUUGCAGUGAACGUUUCAAGCAAGUUUAACUUUCCUGACUACACAGCAUUGAUACCGGACGCUGUAUUAUGGAAGAUUGCAAAUGAACUUCCUGUAGACCAAGCUUCAUUCGGUAGGCUGGGGAAUUCCAAUGAUCCAGCACUGGCCAAGAGGUUCAAGUAUUUCUCUGCCAUUCUAAAGAAGUUGAAGAAAGAGCGGCACCAUAUAAUAGUUGUAUCUUCUGACAGGUCUGUCAAUACUAGUGGCGAAACUGGUAUGAAAUCUGGGUACUUCAAAAAUCACGAGGAUAUGGAUGACAGUGCGGUAAUAAGUCAGAUUAGGGAAACAAUGUUUGCAUCCUCCGCUGCAUCAACACAAAGUGCGACGUAUUCUCAAAAGAGAACGAAACCCAAGAGUAAUUCCGGGAAUGGCAGAUGGAAGAAGUCAUGGAAGAGCAAACGUAGAUAG